AAGAAUGUCCUUAUAUUGGUGGUCAGUGGGAAGAUUGUCCUUACAUUGGUGAUCAGUGGGAAGAUUGUCCUUACAUUGGUGAUCAGUGGGAAGAAUGCAUUCACAUUGGUGGUCAGUGGGAAGAAUGCCCUUACGUUGGUGAUCAGUGGGAAGAAUGUCCUUAAAUUUGUGGUCAAUGGGAAGAAUGCCCCUUACAUUGGUGGUCAGUGGGAAGAAUGCUUCUUACAUUGGUGAUCAUUGGAAAGAAUGCUCCUUACUUUAGUGAUUAGUUGGAAGAAUGUUCCUUACAUUAGUGGUCAGUUGAAAGAAUGCUCCUUACAUUGGUGGUCAUUGGGAAGAAUGCUUCUUACAUUGGUGGUCAUUGGGAAGAAUGCUCCUUACAGUAGUGGUCAGUUGAAAGAAUGUUUCUUACAUUAGUGGUCAGUUG